UCUCGGCCGACUUUAUCUCCCCCUUCUAGUGAUCUAACACGAUUUUUUGGAGUUCCUAUCCCUUCUAGUGUAUGGGUUACUAGAUCACUAGAAGGGUGUAUGGGUGUACGGUUGUAUGGUAUCUGUUGGCAUAUGCGCCAAAAAUCGGAUUGACGGCGGGGACGAUUUGAACUCCAACCGUGAAGGAGGAGCGCGCUGGGGGAUCGAGCACAGCAACGGGGUGCGUGGGGGCGGUUUGCAGCGCUGCCGUAGCACGAUGGCGAUGCUGACGUCAUCGUCAUCUGCUGUCAUUACGGGGUCGUUAGCGGUGCUGAUCCUGUUUGUCCCGAGCGUAAUGAUCGUCAUCAGGAUGAGCUCCAGCUGCGCGAGGAGCGGCACUAUAAUUGGAGUUACCCUCUUGCAGCGGCUCGCGGGGUACGCGGGGUACGUGGGCUCGGGUGUCUUCGUCCCCUUUGAAGUUUUCACCUCUGCGUCAUCGUCAACGGCAGAGGAGGGGAGGGCAGUGCCACCAUCUCUGCAGCCGAAGCGUGUCCUUCUUCUGUCCAAACCCUGCACAGACGGAUUCCGAAGGGAAACCAGCGGUCCGCUGAGUUGCGCUGAGGAAAUCGGCCGCGAUGACCUUCUGCGCGACGGCUCGAAUUACUCUGAAGAUUGUUGUUUUGUCCAUGGUUUCACGUGGUCGCCAAAGGACGAGUCCAUGUUUGUCCUCGCCGCCGAUCGCGUGUGGUUGAAGCGAACGGAUCCAGAAGGGGGCCUGAUAUCAUCCGCGAAUGCCACUCUGAUUGCUGGGCCUUGGCUGCCUCCGGACAACGGCUCGCUGGAUGAGACCACCGCAAUUACGGUGUAUGAUCCCGACCUGAGUGCUGAUGGUUCGAGUAGCAGUACAGGGAAGAAGGUAGGCAGGCGAGUCCUAUUCGUGGGGGACAAUGGUAAUCGCAUGCUUCGCGUUUACCUGGUGCCCGCCCUAGAGAGUGCCGAUAAGCUAUUGGACGAUUACUCGCUUCCGUACGAUGAUUUCACGGGCGGGAGACAGGUCUGGAGCCUCGCAUGCGAUUCCUUGCGCCAUGUUUUGUACGCUACUACAGACAGUCAGGUUCUGAAGAUGACACUCAAAGGAACUGUAGAGUUCGUGGAGGUUGGGGUAGUAGGAGGGCAGGCCAGCAGCGUGAGACUCGUUCCUGAGAGGGCCAGGUUCGAAUCCUGGAUUGGAUCUAGCCUCAGUGUCGGCUACAAUGACGGCGGCGAUGAUCCUCGCACCGUCCGAUUCAACGGGCCUAUCGUGAGCUCGUCCACCAUAUCCACGGACGGGGAGCAACUGUACGUUGCUGAUGUAGCCAACGACAUCAUUCGGCGCAUCUGGACUGUGAGCGGCAAAGUGGAGACCAUAGCUGGACGAGCAGAAGAACCCGGUGCGAGAGAUGGCACCUUGUUGGAGGCGCGCUUUAAAAAUCCGCGUGGGGUGGUAUUAAUGCCGGACGGAUGCAACAUGUUUACCUCGGAGGUCGGCGGAGGCGAAAUCAGGUUGAUACACUUGGAUAGCGUGGGAGAGGGCAGUGCAGCUGGGAGUGUAUCGACCAUAGCCAGAGUGACGUCUGGGUCAUCAGUACUGGCAAGGACAUCUGAUGGCGGGCCUCUUUACAUCGGUUCAUUUCGUGAGACAUUUUUUCAGCUCGCUGUUACUGAGUCGGCCCUACCUCCUUGCUCAUCCCCCAUUGAUGCCAGCAAUUCUAGCGUUCCAGCCCCUUCCCCUCGCUCUAACGCCGGCAAUUCCGUCACCAUCAUCGGUGUCGCCGUCGGCCUGAGGUUGCUCGUCGGAGCCGCCGCCAUCGCUGCCUCUUGCUUCGUCAUCGUCAGACGGCGUCGUGGGGGAAUGCAGCCGGGGAAGGUGUCAAAGCGCUUCCCGUCUGGGGCUGAGGGAGCGGAGCUCCGCGUAGGAGGAAUCAGCCCUUCUGCCGCCGAUACCACGCCCGUUACCAGUCUAGCGGAGUGGAGUCUUAGCCAGCCAUCGGUGGAUCGUGAGAACCCUCCUUCUGGUGGUUCCGCUGAGGUCGGCGGUCGCGAGCUUCAGCCGGCCGGUCCCAGACGCUACUGCCUUGCUGAGCUUAGGACUGCCUGCGAUGGGUUCAGCCAGAGGCGGCUGCUAGGACAAGGAGGAGCGGCGGAGGUGUAUAAGGGAGUGCUGAGCGGCGGGGAAGUGGUGGCCGUCAAGCUGAUGAAAGGAGAGGAGUUCUCUGCAGGCAGGUUUCGGCAGUUCCAGGCAGAGCUGGCGGUGCUGGGUUCGCUUCGACACCGCCACCUCUGCCCCAUCAUCGGCUAUUGCACCGAGAGCGACAGGUCGUCGAUCGUCUAUCCAUUCGUAGACGGAGGGACGUUGUACGAUCGUCUGCACUCGCCAUCAUCGCGUCAUCAUCCUGCCGUCCCAACUGCGGACGGAGAGACUCAGUGGAUUGGCAAACCUACCAAGUCCAAAAGUGUAGACGAAGAGGAGCGCAGUAGUAAUGCUGCGGAGGAGGAGGGAAAUAGUAAUACUACCGGUAGCUUGUCGGGAAGGGCGCCUCUAGAGUGGACGGACCGGGUGGUCGUCGCCUGCCAUAUCGCUAGUGCUCUGCACUACCUUCAGGAGUUGGUGGAUCCGCCAAUAGUCCAUCGGGACGUCAAGAGCAAGAACGUUCUUCUGGGGAGUAGUGGGAAUGGUCGAGCAGUCAGGGCGUACCUGUCCGACUUCGGAUUAGCAAAACUUGGACAGAGUGUUUUUGGGGAGGAAACGGCGGGAGAGACGGUGGAGACGUACCACGUGGCCGGGACUAUGGGCUACAUGGCCCCCGAGUACUUCCGGGAUGUCCGACUGACAGUAAAGAAUGACGUGUACGCCUUCGGGGUGCUGCUGCUGGAGCUAGUCUCAGGGCGGAAGCCGUUCGGGGAACGUUCCUGCCAUCUGGGGGAGGAGGAGCGGAAGGAGAAGGAAUGCGGGAGGGCAGCAAGGCUCUUGCUGAGUGGGUAAGGAGAAAAUUGGUAGAACUUUCACGGGAAGAGGAAGGUGGGGAACGUGGCCAGCAAUCUGAUGAUGUCUCUGUAAAUCUCGCGCUUGUGAGGACAGAGCAUGUCCAGCAGAUAGCCGACAGGAGGUUGGAGGCACUGGGUGUUGUCGACUGGGGGGCUGUGUACAGCAUGUUCGCGGUGGCGAUGAUGUGUAUCCAAGAUGACCCUAAUCAACGGCCCUCGAUGAAUAUGGUCUUGCAAAGGCUAUCGCAGCUGUCAAGGGUAGUUGCCGUGGGUAUGGUAGGCUGACCACUGUCUUCCACCGAAAAUUGCAAGAAGUAUUGUUAGUUUGUAACGAGCAUACCAGUAUGCUGAUACCUCCUGGCAAACAUGCAAGGGAGACAAGGCAGCGCGGCGUAUCUACCCAAGGGAUGGGCGUAUCUACCCAAGGGAUGGGAUGAAGUGAAACGAUCAGUUAGGGGGUUAGCAAAAUGGUGCAUAGAAUCUAGAUAGUGGGUCUGUGGUACAAUAGUUGACACCUGGCGUCCAAAGUACUUGUAUGACGGGGCUCAUUCUGCAAUGCUUCUGCUGUGGAGUUUCAGUGCGAGCGCGUAGGGUGCGAACCGGGCGGCGGGCACCUCUCGACACUAUCGAGGACGACGACAGACUUUGUAGUCAUCACCAAGGACUGAAGCCGGUCAAACGUGGACAGUGAAAGAAGAUAACGUGGACAGUGAAAGAAGAUUUCGGCAGGCAUCAGGCGCGGCAAGCAGGGCGGGACGAGCGUGUCGGUAAUAACAACAGCAAGAACAAGUCUCAACACGGAAGGUCUGACAGUGGGGAGUAGAGACUCUAAGGGCGUGAAAAAAAAAUAUUAAAAAAAAACAGAAAAACAAAUAAAUAUUGAUUCAUGAUUGAUUGAUUGAUUGGUGGGGGAGGGGUCCUCCUUCCCCUCCCCCCAGCUCACACACACACACACACAAUUGACAACACACAACACGGCCUUGCUAAGCUUUCCGCACCGUUCAGCGGAUCGAUGCGGCUAGGGUCGGGACGGUACUAGCGGUCAUGCCAUUGGGUGUCCAUGGCUGAGUGGGUGUGUAGAGUGGGUUUUAUGACUGUGUCAGAUGAGUUUCUCAGACUUACUACCAUUCUUAUCAGGGGUUUGGACCCGCAGUCUGCUAGGAUUGCAAGGUUGGUGUGAGUAAAGUCGACCACUUUUCUCAGGGGUAUUGUGACGAACCACUUUCCGUAAACGCGCGAUGUUCUGCGCAGUUGCAACGAGGGGUCCUAAGCUGGGAAGAUUGGACCAAUUACGGGAAAUCGGGAUCGGUGGAAAAUUGCAUCAGUACCCUUGCUUUUUCGUCUUUUUCGUCACUUCUUGUCGGAUGACUGGGUUCGGAGCUGGGUGUGUCCAGGGACGGCUGGUUGAGUGAUUGGUCGGAUGGAUGUCUGGCGCGCCACCGCGUGCGCGAUUAAUAAAUGUUGACGUUGUUUCUUUCGUUUCGGUUUUGAUCUUUUGGGCGCGGACAUCGCGCGGGAAAUUGCUUCGUUCUUUUGAAGUUUUCCUUUGGGUCUUUUUCGAAUUUUGUUGAGCCCCCCCCCGAUGGCUCUCCGAAUUUUGGACUUUCCUUUUGGAAUUUGUGCUUUUUGCUUUUUCGCAUUAGAUAGGAAUUUAGGAAUUCGGUAAUUUGGACUUUUCCUGCCGCGCGGCGCCUUUUGACUACACGCUUCUUCAUGCGGCUGUAACGAUACUCUGAUUAGUGGGCGCCCUUAAUCG